GUUUUUUGAUAACAGUUUUCUGGCAGUCAGCAACCGAUUUAAAUUUUCCCAUACGGCCAAAUGGGCGUGCGACGAUGUUGCCCCAUCAUCGCGUUAUUGUCAUCGGUACGGCGGCUCCAAAAACAGCUGAUUGGAAUCCCCAGCUGAUAACACGACAGGUGGCUUAAGGGCUAAGACGGAAAAUGCGAUCUCUCCAGCGGUUGCGGCAGCUGUUGAGCUUGGGUGGUCGAAUUGGAGAAAGAAGACUACUCCAGGGGGAAGCUCACACACCCAAGAAAGGUCUUCCCCUGCUGAGACUAGGUCUCCUGGCGGCCGGAGCCGGAGCCAUUGGCUACGAUGGCUGGGUGAAUGACUUCACCUACUGCGGGGCCUCUGUGCGAUUUGUGCGGUCCCUCAAAACCGCCGCACUGAUUGCCGCCGACUAUCUGCGGCUGGACGAGAACGAUCCGGAGUACGAGAGCAAGGUGAAGGUGCUGCACCAAAAGAGCGCCGAGCGACUGCUGGAGACGUGCCUGCUCAACGGCGGCCUGUACAUCAAGGUGGGCCAGGGAUUCGCGGCCAUCAACCACAUCCUGCCCGUGGAGUACACCAGCACACUGUCCCGACUGCAGGAUCGCUGUCUGCCCACCAGUCAGUCCGAUGUGCAGAAGGUAUUUCGCCGCGACUUUGGCCAGCUGCCUGAGGAGAUCUACCAGGAGUUCGACUACCAGCCCGUGGCGGCCGCCAGUUUGGCGCAGGUCUUCAAGGCACGGCUGCCCAGCGGCGAGCAGGUGGCCGUCAAGGUGCAGUACAAUGACCUGCAGAAGCGGUUCAUCAGCGACCUGGGCACCAUCAUCUUCCUGCAGGACAUCAUCGAGUUCUUCUUCAAGGACUACAACUUCGGCUGGAUCCUCAAUGACCUGCGGAAGAACCUAGUGCUGGAGCUGAACUUCCUGCAGGAGGGUCACAAUGCCGAGCGCUGCGCCAAGGACAUGGCGAAGUUCAGCUAUGUCCAUGUUCCCAAAGUCCACUGGUCGCACACAAAAACUCGUGUUCUUACUCUUGAAUGGAUGGAAGGGUGUAAGAUUAACGAUCUUGAGGCGAUAGCCAAGCAAAAACUGAACCUAAAGGACAUUGACGUUAAGCUUUUCAAUACCUUUGCUGAGCAGAUUUUCUACACUGGCUUCGUGCACGCCGAUCCCCAUCCAGGAAACAUUUUUGUGCGACCAAAUAGUAAAAAUGGCCGAGCAGACAUUAUCUUGCUGGACCAUGGCCUUUACGAAGAACUGCCUCAGAAUGUGCGGGGACCACUGUGCGAAUUCUGGGAGGCCACCGUGCUGCGCAAUGAGGCCAAGAUGCAGGCCGCCGCCGAGAAGAUUGGCAUAGGUGACUACAUGCGAUUCGCCGAGGUGCUUUUCCAACAGCCUAUUCGAAUUCGAGGAGGUCGCAUUAGGGGAAAACUCUCGCAGGAGGACAUCGAUCACAUGCAGGAGGUGGCCAGGAAGAACUUUGAGCUCAUCAUGGGCACCCUUAAGGAGAUGCCGCGGAGCAUGUUGUUUGUGGUUCGUAACCUGAACACUGUUCGAGCGAUUAGUCAUCAGCACGGAGACGUGGUUAAUAGGCCCCAGGUGAUGGCGCGAUAUGCCCAGAAGUGUCUUUAUAUACACAACGAGAGCCGUUCUUCCCUGCGGUUUGUCCACUGGCUGAGUCGCCGCAUCUACUUCGAGUACUGUCUGUUUUUGUCAGCCUUCAAGCUGCGCAUCCUCGACUGGUACUUCAAUGUCCUUUAUUUGCUGGGACGUGCUCCUGCCUCGGCCAAAACCGUAAUGAGGGAUAUGAUGCAACCGCUGGAACCGCAGAUCUUGAGAUGAGCACUAUCCGGUACCUCUUUCCCUAAAUUAUAAGUCUUAAGAUGUCUUUGUAUAUUUAUAUUAAUAUUUCACUGACUCAUUCCCAGGCAUAUUAUCAAUGGAGGAAAUCACUGAGAAUGAGUCAGAGAAAAAGGGUUUUUAUAUAGUGUGACAAACAAAUAAUAAUUGUAAAGUGAUAAGCAAAGUAUUUAUUUAAUGCCUUUAUGACGCUUUACCGUAUGUGGUUAUUAAGGUGUAGGACUUUUGAAUAAAUUGUAUAGUAAAUUUGA